GACAUUUCGUAGCUCGUCGGUGACGGCAGUGAAGUAGGGAUCGGAGGCUCGCCACCUGGCGAUGCAAUUUACUAAGUUGCGAAGCGUCUCCCGGCGUUAGUCCGACUCCACAGCGGCCCCACCUUAUUAAACUACUUUCUCUCUCUCUCUCUCUCUCUCAAUCCGUCCACUCAGAGACCCCCGAGUAUGUGCGACUCCCCGCGCUGACAACGGGAUGCCCACUCUGUGAAACGGUGCCGGAUGGAUGGGCGGACGUGUCGCGUUCCAACGGCGCACAGGAAUAACACAGUGAACUGACAGGAGAAUCAGCGUCCCUUUGCUCGGUGGUUUUUCGCCUUGGGAGUUCAGCCGUUUUUUCCCUUCCCCACUGCCUCCUGUUCCCCACCACCAUCUCUGGAUUUUUUUUAUUUAUUUAGUGGUGCAACAUUUAUUCUUUAAAAAGGUUGUGAUCACCUGCUAUGCGUCUGGCGUGGAAAGUACCUGGUGGAAGGUGUACAGCGGGAUUCAGCCUGGGACCACAGGACAUCCGCAACUGAAAGCAAAAGCCCUAUUGUCCUCUUUUCAAUCUUUCAGAUUUGUGCGUAAUGCACGUGGAAUGAAAACAGAGGAUGGAUAUCUUUUGGGAAAUAUUGAUCAUUCUUCAUGCCAAUGUUAUCGUCUGCAUAUCAGCCCAGCCAAAUCCGCCAUGGUGGGCUUACAAGGAGGUGGUUCAAGGCAGCUUCGUCCCAGUGCCAUCGUUCUGGGGGCUGGUGAACUCGGCCUGGAACCUGUGCUCGGUGGGGAAGAGGCAGUCCCCAGUUAACAUCGAGACCAGCCACAUGAUCUUUGAUCCCUUCCUCCAACCCAUAAAGUUGAACACGGGCGGACGCAAGGUGGGAGGGACCAUGUACAACACGGGCCGCCACGUCUCCCUGCGAUUGGACAAGGAGCAUCUGGUGAACAUCUCCGGGGGACCAAUGACGUACAGCCACCGCCUGGAGGAGAUCCGGCUACACUUUGGCAGCGAGGACGGCCAAGGCUCCGAACACCUGCUGAACGGACAGGCCUUCUCCGGAGAGGUUCAACUGAUCCAUUACAAUCAUGAGCUGUAUACAAAUUAUACAGAAGCAGCUAAAAGCCCCAAUGGAUUGGUCGUAGUGUCUAUAUUCAUGAAGAUUGCUGAAACCUCAAACUCAUUCCUGAAUCGAAUGCUGAACAGAGACACCAUCACAAGAAUAACGUACAAAAACGACGCGUAUCUACUGACCAACCUGAACAUAGAGGAGAUUUACCCAGAGACUAUUAGUUUCAUCACAUAUGAGGGAUCGAUGACCAUCCCCCCAUGCUUUGAGACGGCCACAUGGAUCCUGAUGAACAAGCCGGUUUACCUCACACGCAUGCAGAUGCACUCCUUGCGGCUGCUGAGCCAGAACCAGCCGUCUCAGAUCUUCCUGAGCAUGAGCGACAACGUUCGCCCGGUCCAGCCGCUGAACAACCGCUGCAUCCGGACCAACAUCAACUUCAGCGUGCAGGGCAAGGACUGCCCCAACAACAGGGCUCAGAAGCUCCAAUACCGAGUGAACGAGUGGUUGCUAAAGUAGCCUCAACUGGAUGAACACGGAGACGGGACGAGGACGAGGACGAGGACGAGGCAGAGGGAUGUGAGACGGGGGCCAAAGGCUGCAGCUCAUCCCAGAUUACUUCAUGGCAUUGUAUAAAGACUUUCAGCACUGAGCGUCGUACCACUAAAGGAAGUUUGUAUUGCGAGAGACUCUUCUUUUCAUACAUUGAGGACAGUUUGAAACCCCUUCAAUCUAGCUCACGCAAACGACCUUCCACCCCCCGCCACC